CUACAGUACCUAACCUAAUUGUACAAAUCGCAACAUUGUUUUAAUGGAACUUUGAUCUCUUCGUCGUCAACUAUCGGCUUCCACUUCACCAUCCAUACCUGCAUAUGAGUACCUAAAAAUAGCGUAUGACCUACAGCGUAAAGUGCUUUUAAGAUAUACCAACCGGGUCGGGAUUCAACCAUUUCUUACUCAAUAUACUAUCACCAAAGAUGGAGUACGAACCUUUAGCUCCAAAACCCCAGCCGGUGUUCGGUCAAGGCUUCAAGUAUAAUGGUAGGCUUACCGUGAAAGGCAUACCUCGUGUGGAGCCUCCAGAGAUAAAGCGACUCCUCUUCGAGCCGGAGGGUGCCGAUGAAGACCAACUUCGCGAAUGGCGUACAGAGACGUUCCGAGUAGUGACGAAACCUUGGCUCGAAGCUCAGAGCCGACACUAUGGCGUGGUGCUAGGACCCGUGGACAGCUAUUCAAAGGAUGAGUUACGAGAACUCUUCCGCAGGGAAUCUCUCAAACCUGAUUUCGGCGAUAUCAGGAGACAAUAUCAGUCAUUUAUGCCAGGUCAGUUUGAGAAGAUGAAGGCGGACUGGGAAGCACAAUCCUCAGCCUACAAAGAGUCAUGUUUCUCCGGCCGUCGACAAGCAGACUUUGAUAAUUUAGCUACCUUGGAGGAAAAGCUUAACUUUGACAUCGACAUGUUCUUGGAAACUUAUUACAGCGAUCCAGAUAUUCUUCCAGAUCCCAUGCCUUUCCGCGGGAUCAACUUCGACGUCGUUAUGACAGCUAUAGAGCAAAUUAAGGGACUAUACUGUCAAAAGGUAGGUAAUGAUUUUCAGAAGAUGCUCUGGGUUGGAUGGGACAAGAAGGACGUCAAGCAGGCGUGCAAGGAGUAUGCAACGCUGGCCAAAGAAAACGCUGCCGUGCGGCGUCAAUUGAAAAAGCAGCAUACCAUUCUCGCGCACGAGAAAAAGCUCGAGAAGAAGGCUGCGUCGCGGUUACAACCUCACCGAGAGUACGUGGCUAAUGUUGUACGCAACCGCGGACUCGAAGGCUCCUACGUAGUUGAGGCUACCCUUCUAGGAGUUCAACGCGAAGCUGGCAGUAGUUGGGUAGAGAUCAGGAAGACCAUGCUGAACGAUGUAUUCGAGGCGACUUUUAACUUCAUGCCUGCUGCAGAAGGCGUAAUAAUCCUUGCACAAAAUGACGGCGACAUUGAUAGGUACAUUCGUUUAGUCGAACCAUUGCGCAAAGUGCCAGCACCGGCGGUCGAAAGCAAUAAUGCGAGUUCGAGCGGAUCUCAACCAGGUUCAAAGAGGAAGAGGGGGCAGAAUGAAAGUGUAGAACAGGGUAGAAUCGAUGGAAGCUCCCAAAUCCCCAAGCGCAUGCGGUCAGAUAUACCAGCGGUUCCCGAGGGAUGUACCAGAUACUAUACACGUUGGCGCGGCACCGUAGGCACUACUCCGUCGGAUAUAGGUGCUACUAAAAUAUUACGUGAAAAUGGAGAAGGCGAAAGCUGGAUCGACUUCACGGAGGGCGAGAAAGCACAAUUCAUCGCCCAUUUAGAGACCCCGCUCAUGGCUGAGGUUAUUCACGGUUACAAAAUUCAGGACCGAAAUAUAUAUGAAGCCACGAAAUGGGAAACUCGACCUGAAGGAUCAAGGCACUAUUCAUGGAGAUGGAUAGAGUAGAUAGAGCUUUAGGACGAUCGGCGGUCUUCAGUCCGUACGACAUUAGAUCCGAGUGAAUUCAACGUGUAGGAUAGGCGCCUUGUGACAUUAGGCAUGGAUACCCUUAUGGUGAUUGGGGCUUUAUUUUGGCAGGAGUCGGUCUCAUCGACUUAGACAACGAAGUUGAUAGUUUUAUACGACGAUAUACUUAGCACUUGGCCUUAGAGGGCAGAGUACGGGUUGAAUUGAAAUCCAACGAAGUGCGAUUAUGUUUGAAAACUAUAAACACGCCAUAAAAGACAUCUAGAACGGUCGCGA